GGCCCCGAGGCCCCGCCCGGGAAGGGAAGCGGAAGCGCGGCAGACGCGGAGCUGCCCUGGGUGAUGUCGCCAGACCGGCGCCGACCGGGACCGUCUGUCCGGGCGGGGCUGGCGGCGGCUCUGCGGCUGUGCCCCACCUGGAAGACUCCAGUGAAAACUGGAGUGUGACAAGUUAGCAGAGGAAGGGAGUUGCUGUCUCCAUUCCAUGGAUCCCUUGGGUGCUCCUUCUCAGUUUGUGGAUGUUGAUAGUCUGCCAGGCUGGAGUGAUGCCUAUGAGGCCAAGCAGCUGGAUUGUCACCAAAGUCCUGUUGAAAAAGCUCAAGUUGAUGUUAGAUCACCUUUUCCAUACAGGAAAGACAUCAAUGAAAAAAUAAUCUUGUGGAAAGGAGAUGUGGCGUUACUGAACUGCACGGCCAUCGUGAACACCAGCAAUGAGACUCUCACGGAUAAGAACCCGGUGUCUGAAAGUAUAUUCAUGCAUGCUGGGCCUGACCUGAAGGAUGAGCUCCAGAAGCUCAAAGGCUGCAGGACAGGCGAGGCCAAGCUGACGAAAGGAUUUAACCUGGCUGCGCGCUUCAUCAUCCACACGGUGGGCCCCAAGUACAAGAGCCGGUACCGCACGGCGGCCGAGAGCUCCCUGUACAGCUGCUACCGCAACGUCCUGCAGCUCGCCAAGGAACAGGCAAUGUGCUCCGUAGGAUUUUGUGUCAUUAAUACUCUGAAAAGAUGCUACCCCUUGGAGGAUGCAACCCACAUAGCAUUGCGCACAGUUAGGAGGUUUCUGGAGGUUCAUGGAGAGACUCUGGAGAAGGUGGUGUUUGCUGUCUCUGAGCUUGAAGAGGCCACCUACCAGAAGUUACUGCCUCUGUACUUUCCGAGAUCGUUGGAAGAAGAGGUGCAGUCCUUGCCUUACCUCCCUGCAGACAUUGGCAAUGCGGAAGGGGAGCCGGUAGUACCGGAGCGGCAGAUCAGGAUCACUGAGAAGCCAGGCGUUCCGGAUGAUGCUUCAGAUGAAGAGGGUCUGGAGGCAGAUUUGUCUUUCAUUGGGUCCCAUGCUUUUGCCCGCAUGGAGGGGGACGUUGAUAAACAGAGGCGCCUCAUCCUUCAGGGACAGUUGUCAGAGGCAGCACUGCAGAAACAGCACCAGAGGAAUUAUAAUCGCUGGCUGUGUCAGGCAAGAGCUGAAGACCUCUCUGACAUUGCUUCUCUUAAAGCUUUGUACCAGACAGGUGUAGAUAACUGUGGCCGCACUGUGAUGGUGGUGGUUGGAAGGAAUAUCCCUGUGACAUUGAUAGACAUGGAGAAGGCUCUUCUGUAUUUCAUCCAUGUCAUGGAUCAUAUUGCAGUGAAGGAGUAUGUCCUGGUGUAUUUCCACACGCUGACAAAUGAUUACAAUCAACUAGACUCGAACUUCCUGAAGAAACUCUAUGAUGUUGUUGAUGCCAAGUACAAGAGGAACUUGAAGGCAUUGUAUUUUGUCCACCCAACAUUUCGUUCAAAGGUCUCAGCAUGGUUUUUCACAACCUUUACAGUCUCAGGGCUAAAGGACAAAAUCCACUAUGUGGAAAGCCUUCAGCAGUUGUUCACAGCCAUACCCCCAGAACAGAUUGAUCUUCCCCCUUUCGUCCUCGAGUACGACGCCAGGGAAAAUGGGCCUUACUAUUCCUCUUAUCCUCCAUCCCCUGACUUGUGAUCUGCAGUCCUGUGAUGCUGCCAGUUUCCCAUGGAUCCAAUGACCUGAUGCCUGCCAAAACCUGUGCAUUUACCCAUGUACAGAAUUCAGAGAGAGGGUUUUCCUCCCCCAGCUCUGGUAUUUUUUUACUGAUGAGAUAUUUUCAAGCACUCAAGCAAUCAGAGAACUUUAUGCCACUGUGAACUGUACAACUAUUUCAAAUAUAUUUAUCCAAUGGAAAAGCUGAUUUAAAGAUCACUAGAUGCAUUUGUUUGUUUUGUUGUUAUUGCUGCUGUUAUUGUUGUUUUUUGAAGCUGUUACAUUAUUUUUCUGAAGAGACUUUCUCUUUUCUGGGAAAUCCAUCAAAAGCACUUCAUCAUAUUUUUAACUAUUACUAUUUUCCAGCUCUGUUUGUAAUACCCAUUUCUGACUGGUCUGUACAAGUGUUGUGUAGUACCAGCCUGACACAUCCACUCAUCAUAUGGUCUGUGUUUCACAUCUGAUUACUUUCCCUUUCUGUUAGUACUGAUUACUUUAGUCUUGACCCAGCAAAACUAUCUGGAAUUGGGAAUGCCAUGUCUGCAGGCUGACAGAGCACUACAGCCAAGCCAACAUUACUCCAGGAUUUAGUCCCAUAAACUGCUAGGAGCCUUGAAAAAGUCCCUGUCAGUUUUCAUUGGGUGAUGUGAAGGACCAUGUCAGGAUGCCACUACCCUCCCAGUAAGAAUAAAACUGAAAAGCAUUUGUGGUUUCUUUAA